UCGUACUAGUUUCUUUUUAGGAAUUUAUUCAACAAGACAUUAGAAAACGAGAGGUGAAAUGCUGUGGCGAAUGAGGGCAUUGAUGCUCCUCACUGGCGUCUUUUGUAUGCUGUACUUUGGUCUUCAGCCUUUAAUGGAGUUGUAUGAGGAAAAGCCCGUGGUUGCGGCCCCCGAAGAAGUUGUCUUUAUUAACACCUCCGAGUGUCAUGUGAGUGGACCUCGAAAACCAGCGGCGUAUUUCAUGGCGAUUGAGCCAGUGUGCAGGUUGCGCUGCCACAUGCCCCAGUUGAUAAUUGCGAAAACUCAAGGUGGCAGUAACUUCCUAGUGGGAAAUGGAGUUGCAGAGGACUUGCAGUGCAGAUACUGGCUCAAGUCUGCAGGAGACCUUCGAUCUAGGAAGUACUUACCCGAUGGACACUUCGAUAUGAGGAACGGGGCGAUGGAGGAAAUAAGGGUCGGUACUGGUCACCAGAUAGUUCGCAUCAAGUGCUCCAAUCAGUCGAAUGAAACCCGAUAUCAUGAUGUGCACUAUUUUCUGCCUCCGCCUCCUGAGGUGCAAUCAAAAGCGACAUCGAGUCCCGAAAAAAUGUCUGUGAUUGUGCUAGGCAUUGACUCGGUUUCGCACAUGCACUUCAUGCGAUAUUUCCCCCUGGUGAAGGCCUUUCUGGAAAACCAGCCGCACACCAAGUUCUUCGGCUAUAGUCGAGUGGGUCUGGAUGCGUAUGCCAACUUAGUGCCCUUCUUGAGUGGCCUAAGUAGUCGGGAUCUGCAGUCCAAGGAGGGAACUUGGCUGUUUCAGAACUUCAAGGCUGGAGGUUACAGCACAGCCUACGGCGAGGAUAGACCCCGUGACAUCUUUGCGGAUAGGAAAGGAGGAUGGACUCCUCCCAGGCAACUGGCCGACUUCGACUUGACUCCAGUAAUGGUGGAGAUGGAGACUCACACGCGCUACAGUAUCGAUCUGAAGGAAAGGAUCCUCUGCUCGGCAGGACGCACUUUCCAAGAGGUCCUUGGGGACUUUGUCCUCAAACUAGUACCCCAUAUGCAGCAAGGACCCUUCUUCUCUUUUUUCUGGCAAUCACAGGGAGUCGAGGAGUACUACGAGUAUGCCUCGCACUUGGACCUGUCCUACAUGCUGCUUUUGAAGAGUCUGCUGGACGCGAACGUCCUGAACAAUACCCUGCUGUUGCUGAUGUCGGACCACGGACUGCGUGCUGGUAACUAUCGCUCCAGCUUUCAGGGAAUGCGUGAGGAGUCGCAGCCCCUCCUGGUGGCCAUGUAUCCCGAGUGGCUCAAACAGCAAUACCCGAUGGCCAUGGAGAACUUGGAGAAGAAUGCCCAUAGCCUCAUCACACCGUAUGAUCUGCACGAGACCUUGAGGGAUGUGAUCAGCCUGGGCGAGAUGCAGGAUGCCCACAUAGAGGUUCGCAGGAACAACCUGCUCUCCUGUCCAAAAAAGAAGAUACCCCGCGCCGUGAGUCUCUUCCUGCCUGUCCCGGAUCACAGGACCUGCGACCUGGCCCACAUUCCCUCCCUCUUCUGCUUCUGCCGCGAGCUCACCGAAGUGCCCACGGACGACGGACUGGUCCUGCGGUGCAGUCGCUUCCUGGUGGAGUCCAUCAACAAGUUGGUGAAACCAUUCGGACGAUGCCGGCGGCUGAGGCUCAAGAUGGUCCUGCUCGCCCACUUCCUGGACUUCGGCGAGGAGUCCUUCGUCUACGAGUUGCGGCUAAGAGUGCGGACUGUGCCCGGAAACGGGGAGUUCGAGGCCACCGUUCGGCUGUCGGACGCCAUCCUGUUGACCAGCCCCAUCAGCCGGGUCAACCACUAUCUGGCCCAGUCCCAUUGCCUCAGCGAUCCGGACUUCAAAAUAUUUUGCUUUUGCAUGUAAGGCGUU